UUUGCCCGCACAGAAACCUAAAUUCAAAAAUAAUGAAUAUACCAGGAACGUACAGUUCAAGCAGUUGUAGCUCAGACUAUGAAUGCGACUACAUAGAAGAAAAACACUUCAACAAGCGCUGUAAAUAUGAACGACAUCGUCGAAAACUAAAAGGACAGAAUGUUUAUUUUCAUAUAAGGCUUUGCAUCUGUGGAGAGUUUGAUGACAAGAGAUACCUGCGUCGACGCCUUCGCAUGAACCUUGAAGGAGAUGAUGGGGUAGAUAUACAUUUCUACAGGAGCUGUAAAUGGAUAAGAACAAAACUACGCCAAUAUGGAGAAAGGGUCUAUAUUCUAAGCAUAGACUGUGAAAAAUGUACCGAACCACAUUGCGGAUACAAGGCAACACCAUAUGCAAUGAAUAAUGUUGAAGUAUCAUAUUGAGAAGAUGACGAAAAGCAGAAUUAAAUACUAUUUUUUUGACGGAUUAUUUGUCAUACUAUCAUGGUUUCCAACAAGUAUUUAGCAUAACAUUUGUUUCACACAAUAUUUGUUUCCAUUUAUAUAGGUCAAACCACCACACUUUUACAUUAAAAGUAACUUUUUUACUAGGUUAUUUAAACGUUGUCUUUAAUUGGAGGCAACCUAUACAACAUACAUGAAUGCAUAUCUUAAAUGCAUAUUUUCAAGGUGUAUUUGAAAUAAGAAACAGUGUA